AGACUACACAACCUAGCUCGCAAUUCUGUCGAUUUGGCUGUUCGCUAAGGAGUUAUGCCGAAUGCUUGUCUGCAGGUGGCGCUUCGCUAUUUUGAAACAGACAGGCUGGUUAAAGCGUCGAUGGACACAUUCAGAAUCUCGCUAUUUGUACAAUAUUUGCAUCGAGAAACUUUACGUUCAGGGAAGAGUACGAUCACACCGUUGCUCGGGUGGAGUCUGCGCGUUCGGUACCGAUACAUUGACUGUAAAGAUAUGACUGUGUGAGAAAUAGGAUCUUUCCAAAUAUCCCAAGUCUUUUUUAUUUUGGUAGGGGGGUAGCAAUCCCCGUCAGCCACUAGCUACGACUUAGCAGCGUGCUGUCCCGACUCAUGAACACAUAAAGUGAAGGCGCCACGCAUUUCGCUGUUGACAACUUUGUGAUAAGGGGGUGGAAAACAUGGCUGCCAGCCUCUUCGUCAUCCUCAUCUUCCUCCCCUGCCUGUUGCUAGGCGCUGGAGCCGAAGGCGCAGCGACGCCGUCAGAAGCCCUUGUCCAGGACCCCCACAUCACCGGCUGCUUGUCCCGGGAGCAGGAGACGUUCCGUUGCUGGUGGAGCGCCGGAAGCUUCCAGAACCUGACGGAGCCCGGGGCCCUGAGGGUCUUCUUCGCCACCUCUCGGCCCAGUGGCUGGAUGGAGUGUCCGGACUACUCGGUCGAUGUGCCAAACGAGUGCUACUUCAACAAGAGCUACACGUCCAUCUGGACCAAGUACUGCGUGCAACUGCGGGCCCAGGCCCAGAACAUCACCUACAGCGAGCUCUGCUUCGACGUGCAGAACAUAGUGCACCCUGACCCCCCCAUACGGCUGAACUGGACUCUCCUGAGCGUCAGCCGGUCGGGCCUGCACUUCGACAUCAUCGUGCACUGGGCGCCGCCCCCCUCCGCGGACGUGAAGGGCGGGUGGAUGACGCUGGUGUACGAGGUGCACUACCGGGAGAGAAACGCCUCAAAGUGGACCACGCCCUGUCCCCUCUCCCCGUACCCCCAGCUGGAGCAGGAGGGCAUCCAGCAGUCCAUCUACGGCCUGCAGACCGGCACAGAGUACGAGAUCCGGGUGCGCUGCAAGAUGCGCUCCUUCGAGAACUUCGGUGACCUGAGCGAGGCCAUCCUGGUGUACAUCCAGCCCAUACCCACCAAAGAAUCCCAGUUUCCCCUCACGCGGAUCCUGAUCUUCGGCGCCGUGGGAAUAGGGAUCCUCCUCGUGCUCUUCGCCUUCUCCCGGCAGCAGAAGCUGAUGGUGAUCCUGCUGCCCCCUGUCCCGGCUCCCAAAAUCAAAGGGAUCGACCCGGACCUUCUAAAGAAGGGAAAGUUGGAGGAGUUGAGCUCCAUCCUGAGCAGCCACCACACGUACCAGCCGGAGCCGUACCAGGAGGACGACUGGGUGGAGUUCAUCGAGGUGGACGCGGGCGAUUCGUGCGAGAAGUCGGGGCCGGAGUCGGACACGCAGCGCCUCCUGGGCUCCAGCUCCGGCCUCCUGGGCCUGAAGGACGACGACUCGGGCCGGGCCAGCUGCUACGACCCCGAGUUCCCGGACCUGGAAACCCCCGAGCUGGCCAGCCCGGACCCCCUGGCCCCCCCGAAGCAGGGCCCGGGCUCCGCCCACCUGGCCACGCCCUGUUCCGCCACCCCCUCCCCCACCUCCGCGGAGCCCGCCCACCCUCUCAUCCAGACCCGGCAGGGCACUCAGCCCUGGGUCAACAUGGACUUCUACGCCCAGGUGAGCGACGUCACCCCCUCGGGAGGGGUGGUGCUGUCCCCCGGCCAGCAGGGCGGCGCCCCUGAGAAGGCGGAGGAGGAGAAGAAGAAGGAGGAGGAGAAGAAAGGGGAGGAGGAAAAGGAGGGGCAAGAGAAGGAGAAGGAGGAAGAGAGGGAGAAGUCAAAGAAGAAGAAGAAGGAGGAGGAGAAGAAGUUCCAGCUAGUGGUGGUGGACCCCGAGGGUGGGGCCUAUACUUCUGAGAGGGACGCCCACCAAAUCAGUGCCGAAUUUAAACCUGGCCAGGGCUACACCCCCGACCCUCCUCAAGCACCAGCUGUAGGGGUCCCCGCAGGGGGAUAUCAGAGCCCCUACCUGCUGAUCGAGACCCCCCCGUGCCCCCCACUUCCCCCUGUGUCAGACUAUACCGUGGUUCAGGAUGUUGAUGCCCAACACAGCCUCCUCCUCAACCCCACCCCUCCCGAACCCCAGAUACCCCACCCCCCCACCCCCGCCAAGCCUCUCCCACCCAUGCCUGUGGGGUAUCUAACCCCUGACCUGCUGGGCAACAUUACCCCGUAAUCGCACGCCACCAACCACCCAAACCACACCCAUGGAGGUCAAGGGUCAAAGGAGGCUUUACCAAUGCAUCACACAGACACGCUCUACCGUUCACUGCUGGAAGCCAAAACUACACAGACCGUACGCAGACUGUACGAAUGUGAGACCGCACUUGAGCAGCAGGCAGCCAGGGGGCGCCAGAGGGACUGGCGUUAGUGCGGCCGUGAUGUGGACUAAAAGGACGAAGAAGGCUGUCUGGAAGUCCUCUGGGAGCAGAGCUCUGCAGACAACUUCAUCACCUGCUAUUAUACAUUUAAUCAUUUUACACACACAAGUGCUUAUCCUACUCACCGACACACAGACACAUGCACAAGUACAUGAAUUACAUACACGCACUCAUGUUCAUACACACACACACACACUCACGUUCAUACAUACAUACAUACAUACAUACAUACACACACACACACACACACACACAGAGGGAGAUGAUUGAUGCACAAUGUGAGGUAAUUAAUGUAUCCUAGUGCAGGGGGCUACAACACAAGUGUUACUUAAUGUUGAUACUCACACAUAUUUACUAAGCUCUUUUCUCUGACUGCAGAAAAGCUGUUUACAAACCACAACGAUCUCACAACAAGGACAUGGUUUUAUGUUUUGGUUUUAUUUUUUAAAUGUGUAUAAAAAAUGAUUUUAAACUGUGAUUCAGUGUUCCCUGUUAAAAUUCUUGUUGGGUUUUAUUUUUUCUGAUACCCCCCCCAUAUCAGUGUAUUAGUGAUUAGAGUAUUUGUUGGUCAGUGUUCACUUGGUUGAUCAAACGUGGUUCGAUUCUACAAUUCUCUAACAAAUGGACGAUCACGUGAUUGGUUCCGAUGUGUCAGGUGUGAGGUGAGAAGAGGAAGAGGAAGAGGAAAAGGAAAAAAGAUGGAGGUUUGAAAACAACCAUAUUGAGCAAGAUUUUGAAAUGGCCCUGUUCUGCUUUGGGGCCUUGAGGAACCCCACCCGCACAGAACUGGUGAAGAGCUUUAACCUGCUUUAACUGAAGUACGCAUGAGUUAACCCUGGAAUAGGCUCAAACAAAGCCAAUGCAAGCAUUUAACACUAAACCAUUUUUACUACACCAGGAAUCCUCAAUAUGGAGACUGACUUGGGGUCAUUAGAAACCAAGGAAAGGAGUGUAUAAUCUGAUGAACGAAUGAAAGAACAUACAACUGAUUGUUGUGCCAGCAUUGCAUUUUUAAUACUGUUACUGCUGCUGUUUUAUGUGGUUGGUUUUGCCAUGUUUAUCGGGAUAUAAACCUGAUAAUCAGCAGUUCAUUUUCAAACAGGUCUGUCUUUCUCCAUAAGAGAUUGAAUGCAAUCCAGUGUGCACUUAGCAUAUGUGUAGGUGUCUUGAAUAGCAUCAAAAAAAGCAGAAUGUAACUGUCCAGCAGUUCAUCUUAGAUGCCUUUUAGUUUAUUUUAAUUAGUACUAAUCAGUUUUGUUGUAAAAAGCUGCCUAUCUGUGCCUAUCUGUUGGACAGCAUAAUAUACGCAUUACCUGUUAUCUGCCCCACACUGAAUCUACACAUUUCUCAUUGACAUUAACGGGUGUGGGCAGCGGACAUGCCCAGCCAUCUCCUAAGUGACCUCGCUCAACGCAAGCUGUUAUCACAACAUUACCACAAUGUUGAGAGAACCUUGCGUGUUGGCCAUACUGUAGAUUUCUGAGGCUUCAAAGUCUCGUUUGACUUUUGGCCUAAGUUAGAAAUUCUGCUUUCAUCAACCAUUAAUAACGAUGUUCUCACAGUUGACUGAUAGAGUGAUGGAGAGAAUGUCGUUUGCCGUUCUCGUUUCCCCAAAAGCUUUCGAGCCGCUUUCUCCUCUUGGUACGAGUGCACAGACACAGCCCAUAUUAGCUGGAAGAGGAAGACAUAUUUUGACGCGAACGCACCGUGCAGUGGUCUGACUGAAUCCAAGCGAGUGAUUAAACGCGAUGGCUGCUUCAGCGCAUAUGAAUUUGAAAACGUGCUACGUCGUAGUUUUCGUUUUUUUCUGUUUGCGUAUUGUUUGGUCUUGUUUUUAACUGGAAGAGUGCUCUCUCUCUCUCUCCUCUCUCUCUCUCUCUCGCCGUUUCAAACCAGGCCUUCACAAAACACCCUCAUAUAUUUUUUUCUUGUUCACAAUAGCACCAGUGUUACUGCUUGUUUGAGCCUCUUGAAGAUAGUGUGUAAAGUUUACUGAAUGCGCACUGGGAUUUGCCGUAACCAGCAUCUUGGUUGAAAUAGUACUUGUUUUGGACUUGCUGUUCUGCGCUCUAUUGAUCUUGCCUGGUGUAUUUGAACCUGCUAGGGAAAGCAGAUGGGCAUUUGGGAUCAUUUCACUUGUUCCAAUACCUCAGGCGAUCUUAGUCAAAUGCAGAAAAGUAUUUUAAUCCACUGCAAAUACUAUUUGAAUCCAGAUCUGUGUCCUCCUGCUAGCUCCUCCUGGGAUCGCUACGAUGAACCACACAAGCUGCAGACCAGCAGGUUGCGUCUUCAUUUCCCCAGCUGCCUUUCAAUGCUAGGUCUCGUUCUCAACCUUCGAAUUUGUAGUCUUUGCGUCUGUCCCAGCUCCUAAAAUGUGAGCCUUAGCCUUUAGCCUCAGUGUUUUUCUCGUUCUCGUUCGCACGCUGUAUUUGCGCUAACUGCAUCGGGUCUAAACGACAUCAAUCUCAUCCUUCAAAAGGGUCUUGGGUUUUAUUCUUCACGUCUACGAGUGUUGGCCUUGGUCUUACCUCAGUCAUCCAAGGUUUGGUUCUUUUUAAAAGAUCGAGGGGCAGAGGGUUGUGUGAAGGAUCAAUUAAGGACUUGCAAAUGGCCUUUUGAUGUUCACGUUCUCAGAUUUUUUUUUUUUUUCUUUUUUCUUUUUUUGCCUCAAGCAUUGUCUGCACAGUUGGACAAGCUCUUGAGGUAGCACUACGAGAUAUUGGCCUUGGACUUCUGAGACCGAAAGACUUUCUAACAAAGUCAGUUACAGCACAGUUUGCCUUAAACAAGACAAAAUCAAGAAAAAAUAAAGACGAAGACGACAUGCUCGGUUUCUCAAAAAGAAAAACGUUUUAUUGUCGCCUAUCGUUGCCAAGCAUCGUUGAUUGGAGUUGUCAUACAGCAGCACCUGGCUGCUUACUCAAGCCUAUGUAAGCUAUACUGGCUUCUCCUAUUCCCUUUUUGUUAUUGUUUUAUUUUUCAGAAAAAAAAACUGCCUUAAAAUGAAUAGAGAAUCUCUGCUGCUUUUGAAAAAACCAGCAUGUCUAUGUCGAAAAUGAAAAUGUCUUAAUAUAACAUGUCAGUGAUGUAUGGUAUAUAAGCAUAUGUUGUGUUGCCCCAGAAACUUAAUUUUUUGCUGCUUUUCAUUUUUUGUUGUUGUUGUUUUUCUUGGUUUCAGAACAUUUUAAAAAUGCAUACAUAUCUAUGUAUAUGAAGAAAUACAAAUGGAUGGAUCUUCAUUGUUGAAAUGCAAAUUUUUAUUUUAAUAUGAUAGAAAGAGUUCUUAAUCCUGUUAAUUGUUUAUUGUUAUGUGUAUUCUUGCUAGAAUGUACAAUGUAGCAUGUUGGGACUUUAUAUAAAAACCAAACACAAAGAAAUCUGCAGCUGGCUACUUUGUAUGGAAACUCAUUUAUACUCAACUGGUGGUGCAGCUUACAGAUAUCAUGUGUAGGGGUGUAGCCAAAGGACAAGGUGAGGGAGGGGGUGCAUAAGCUUAACACUAUAAGAUCCA